UUAAAAUAUCUAUAAAAAUCAGUUAUGCUAAUAAAAUAUCUAAUAAAAAAUUAGCUUUUCCUGCAUGAAGAAGCUCAGUCCCAGGUGCAGCACAGGUCCUGUCCCUGCUGUCCCCAGGUUAUUCACGGAUGGGCUGAUCUGGGCUCUGGCCAUGAGGUUUGCCAUCGAGCAGAUCAACAACAGCAGCUGGCUGCUGCCAGGGCUCACCCUGGGCUAUGACAUGCGUGACACCUGCUUUGAGCCCCUGGUGGCCCUUCAGCCCAGCCUCCUCUUCCUCACCCGCAAUGGCACCAGGGCCAUCGGGGUCCUGUGUGACUACAGCGAGUACCAGCCCCGCGUCGCCGCCGUCAUCGGGCCCCACAAAUCCGACCUGUGCCUGCUCACGGCCAAGCUCUUCAGCUCCUUCCUCAUCCCACAGGUGAGCUACGGUGCCAGCAGCGAGGCCCUGAGCAACACGGAGCUCUACCCGUCCUUCUACCGCACGGUGCCCAGCGACAAGAACCUGGUGGAGGCCGUGGUGCUGCUCCUCAACCACUUUGGCUGGAACUGGGUGGCCACGGUGGCCAGCGAUGAUGAGUACGGCCGGGGAGCCCAGGCGCUCUUCCUCAGCAUGGCUGGCACCAACAGCAUCUGCAUCGCCUUCGAGGGGCUCAUCCCCACUGAGCUGGCCGAGCCUGACGCCACCAAGCAGCUGGAGAACACAAUUAAAUUAAUUAACAGCACCAAAGUCAACGUGAUCGUGCUGUUUGCACACAGCGUGCCAGCCCAGGCCCUGCUGCAGCACAGCCUGGCCAUGGGGCUGGGCAAGAAGGUCUGGCUGGGCAGCGAGGCCUGGCUGCUGUCGGACAUCGCCACCUCUGUCCCCAACAUCCAGAGCGUGGGGACAGUGCUGGGCUUUGUCAUGAGGACAGGGACAGUGCCAGGCUUCCAGGAGUUCGUGGCGGAGCUGUUCAGCUCUGUGGCUCAGGAGGAGUUCUGCCGGCGCUCCCGGGAGCUCAGCGGGCUGGAGGACACCGAGGUGUUGGACGCGCACUGUGGGCAGUGUGGCAAUGUCACCCUCGGGGACAUCUGGCCCAUGCUGGGGGUGACACCGGUGCAGCCCGUGCACAUGGCCGUGUACAGCGUGGCCCAUGCCCUGCACAGGGCUCUGGGCUGCACCUCCAAAGAGUGUCCCAAAACACCUGUCAGGUCCUGGCAGCUGCUGCACUUCAUGAACACCCUCCCCUUUGAGGUGAACGGGCAGAGCUUCAGGUUUGAUCAGUCCCACGGCACAAACACGGGCUACAAACUGAUCCUCUGGGACUGGAGGGAUGGCACUGUCACCUACCUGCCCGUGGGGGACUACGACCAGUCCCUGUACGUCCGGACGUCCCAGAUCCAGUUCCACACCCCAGACAAGAAGGAGCCCACAUCCGAGUGCUUCAGGCGCUGCCAACCAGGGCAAUUCAGAAGAAUAAAAGGAUUCAACCUCUGCUGCUAUGACUGCACAGACUGCUCAGAAAACACCUUCUGGAGCAGCACAGACAGCACCAGCUGCUCCCCGUGCCCACAGCACCAGUGGGCUCCCACCCGCAGCACGCGCUGCCACGACCGCACCGAGCGGUUCCUGUCCUGGGAUGAACCCCUGGCCGUGGCCCUGCUGACCCUGGUGGCCCUCACUGCAGCCCUGAGCUGUGGGGCAGCCCUGCUGUUCCUGCAGCACCUGCAGAGCCCCCUGGUGCAGCUGGCAGGAGGUGCCAGGAGCCUCCUGGCCCUGCUCUGGCUGCUGCUGCAGAGCCUCAGCUGCUGCCUGCACGUGGGCAGGCCCAGCGCGGCGCUGUGCCCGCUGCAGCAGCUCUGCUAUGCCCUGUGCCUCAAUGGCUGCCUCUCCUCCCUGCUGCCCAAGGCCCUGGAGGUCACCCUGGUGACAGAAUUCCCCCGCUGUGCCCCCAGGCUGCUGCGCUGGGUGACCCACGGCAGGGCCUGGCUGGUGGUGGCCGUGUCCAUCCUCACCCAGGUGUUGCUCUGCUGGUGCCACCUCCACCUGGGCCCUGAUUACCUGGUGGCUGACUAUGAAUCCCUGCCCAGGGAGGUGCUGCUGGUGUGUGGCACCCAGUCCUGGGCUGCUUUUGCCCUCCUGCAUGGCUACAACAGCUGCCUGGCCUUCAUCUGCUUCCUGUGCACCUUCAUGGUGCAGACCCCGGGCAGGAGGUACAACGUGGCCAGGGGCAUCACCUUUGCCACCUUCAUCUAUUUCAUCAUCUGGAUUUUCUUCCUGGUGAUUUUUGCCACGCUCAGGACAGUGCUCAGGGCUGUCACCCAGAUCUGCACCAUCCUGGCCACCACCCUGGGCAUUUUGGGCAGUUACUUUGUGCCCAAGUGCUACAUCUUGGUGUUCAGGCCUGAUCUGAACACGAGGGAUUAUUGCCAGAACCUCUCUGAUGAGCAGCCAGAGGAGGACAGACAAUAAACCACAGCCUGUGGCACCUGCUCCUCACAGAAUUUGGAUUUUAAGGAAAAAAUCCUGUUGAUUUUAAAGAGAAAAUCCUCUUUAUGAGCACUUUUAUUAUUGCCAGAACCUCUCUGAGGAGAACAGACAAUAAAUCACUCCUUGUGGCACCCGCUCCCCACAGAAAUUGGAUUUUAAGGAGAAAAUCCUGUUUAUGAGCACUUUGUGGCCCCAGGAACAAUCACAUCUGAAUUAGAGUUGUGAAAGCACAGGGCUCACAAGUCCAUCCUCUCCCUCCUCUUUGCAAACACAUUUCAGCCCCAGAAAGGAGCAACAUUAGGUUCAGUUAAUGGAAGAACCUCCAGAAAUGAUAUUUUACACCAAUCUCUCAAGUCUGGCAGUGUGAGUCACCAACAGCACUUCCCUCUAAACACUUCCAGUAAUUUCCCUUUCUUAUUAAUUAACAGCUUCUGAGAUGGAUCCAGGAAUCCUUCCACAAGCCUUGUCAGAAUAAUACAAUAAUUCUAAUAUAUCAAAUGCACCAAAUAAAAGAGGAGUAAAAAGAACAUUCUGGCAGGUACCAGCCUUUCCCAAAUCUUGUAAGAUUUAUACAAUAAUUCUGAUAUAUCAAAUAUAUCCAAUAAAACAGAAGUAAAAAGAACAUUCCGGCAGGUAUCAGCCUUUCCCAAGCCUUGUCAGAAUUGUCAAAUAAACCCAAUAAAAGAGGAGUAAAAAGAACAUUCUGGCAGGUGCCAGCAGUGCUGUGCGGGACACAGAGGAGGCAUUUCCCAUUCAAAUCCCAGCUCAGUCCAUUUGUGUUCCAUGAAAAUCAGGGACAGGCUCAUGGAAAUGAGCUCUGUGCAAAUCUCACCCUCCAAAGGCACAGCAGAAGCUUCCUCCCUCCCCAAAAUCAGGCAAAAUUCACCCAAAACUUCACAUUUUUGCCAGGCGGUAUCCAGUCAGUACCCAGUCACAUCACCAAGGUUUUUCUUUUCCCCACUCAUGUUGACAAGGAAUUAUUCUGCUCUUUUAUUCCUUAAAAGUUUUUCCAUUUCUGCUCUUUUUUCCCUAAAAGUUUUUUAAAGAAUUUGUAAAUUAAUCUAAACCACUGAACAUUUUCAUUAAAAAAAACCAAAAAAAACCAAGAACUUUUUGGUGCACUGCAAAGUUAUUUGUCCCCAAUUUUUGUGAUCACCUCCAUCUAAAAUUAUUCCUCAGUGUGAUUUAAAAAACCAAAACUCUGACCUGGAGCCUGGAGUUCUUGUUCCUGGAGCCUGCAGGAAUUCUUCACAACCACCUGAAAUUCUCAGUAUUCCUCCUCCAGGGCUGUGGCUCCAUAGCAGAGAAACAUUAAAUAACUUUUGAUCAUCAUUCCAGAAAUAGGGAAAGGAAAAAAAUCUGAUUUAACUCCACCAGGCCCUGCAGGAAAAGGCUGUCCAAAAUUCUGACCACUUAAGAUUCACUUGAAUUUUGACCAUUUAAUAUUCACCUAAAUUCUGACCAUUUAAUAUUCAUCUAAACUCUGAUCAUUUGAUAUUUACUUAAAUUCUGACAAUUUAAUAUUCACUUAAAUUCUGACCAUUCAAUAUACACUUAAAUUCUAAUCAUUUAAUAUUCACCUAAAUUCUGACCAUUUAAUAUUCAUUUAAAUUCUGAUUAUUUCAUAUCCUCCUCACUGGAAAAUGCUGGGAUUUAUGGUAUUUAAAUGCUGUUUCACUCUCCCCUUGCUGUGUGAUCUGUACCAGCUGGGAAGAAGGAAUCUGCCUCACCAAGCUGUGCUCGCUCUUUUCAUUUAAGCUGGAAAAUCAGAAUAAUUGAGGCUGGAAAAACCUUCAGAUCUCAAGUCCAGCUGAGCCUCCAGGGUGUCCUGACAAACCCAAGGCUCAGCAGAAUUUACAAAGGGUGUCCCAGUGAUUCUUGAUUCUGCUGGAGAGUCCAAAAAUUGGCAAGAUUUAGGAAAUAAAUCACAAUGAAAUACUGCAAAGAACUGAACACAUACACUGUGGUUAUCACAUAAAAUUAAAAGCUUUUUAGUGUUUAAAAUAGCAUUUACACAUAAGCAGCUAUAUAUUAACUAUACAGACACUUGGGUUUUAAUACAAUAUCUACAAAAAAGAAUUCAAUUAUGCAAUAGACAUUUAACAGGAACAGUGCAGUCCAUGCUAAUAAGAGGUCACUCUUGGAGUAGAACCAGUUCUAGAAUAGGUGAUAGUCUGGGUUUUCAUUAUUUAAAAUCAUGAAACUUUGUUCCUCUACUGUACAUAAAAUUCUUUACAUGUAUUUCUAAUCACUGAUUAGAAUUAAUAAUUUUAAGUCAAUCUUAUUACAAUCCAGUUAAAUGCAAAACAAAAACAAAAAAUUAAAAUAAAAAAAAAACCAAAACCAAAACAAUUACAUCAAUCCAUGAGCUGUCAAGUCUCAGGAGGGGAGAGAACAAAAAUCAGAGAGAAAACAAAAAUCAUAGCAAAAUUCAACAUCUGUGCAUCAUUGCUUGCCAUCCAAUAAAACCUUUGGAUAAAGUGUCCAGGAUACUGAUUCCUUGGAAAAGCAGAUUCAUUAACAGGAGGCAAAAGACACCAGCAUGCUUUUAAGACUAUUUGCCAAAAAAAUUUACUCUUCAGGGCUUAAAUACUGGGUGGGGACACCUCCUGUGCAGAUGCUGCCUCUUGGGGUGAGAGAAAUCACCCCAAAGUUUUUUCUGCCCCUUUUCCAGAAGCCCCCAAACAUCCCUGCUGCAGGGAGGGGUGAGCACUGAGCUC